AUGCCCACUUGUGAAACAUUGCCUGGUGCCCACAAUGUUCGACGGUGUUUGACGGAUCUCGCUGGUGUGGGUGGCCACACGGUCUUCUCUCUCGUACCGCCUUCAUCGUGGGAUCCGAGACGGCGAGGCGCUCUCAAUGGUGACGCCCUGUGUGAGGCUUUCUUGUGCAUUAAGGAUCCGUCCAGCCUCGACGGCCGCUCCCCGGUCUUUCGCACAUCAUCCAAGUCUCUGACGGCAUCUUACAUGGCCCCUUGA